GAGCAUAGAACGGCUAGUGUUAUCUAUCUAUGCGAGUUAGUAUCGAUUGGUUUCUUACCGAGUUGGUGUACAACUCAUCGUUGUACAAAACUGUCUACGCUCAGUCGCUAUUAAUCGUUUCCUGCUGUAAGAAGUGUUUACAAAUAAUAUCCGUACACGUUUGUUGGUGAAAAUAAGAUACGGUGUUGGCUACUCGAGGCAUCUAAUUUUGAAUAAUUUCAAGAUAAAUUAUAGUAACGAAGCGAUGGAAAGCAGAAAGGAUUUAGUUAGCAUUAAAGAGGAGCCUCGUGACAAUUGGGAAGAUGUUACCAACGAGAGUGUCGAUCCGGGGGUCUUGGUCAAAACCGAAAACUCUGAUGAAUCAUCGGCAAAUCCCACCAAUGACUGUAUUUCGUCGCAGCAGAAGGAAGAUGAGGAUAUUCUGAUAGAUUGCGAGAGCGUAUUGGUAAAACAGGAACAUAAGCCCUCAUUGACGACCAUCUGCCAACCUACUGUAAAGGAAGAAGAUCCAGCAAAUGACUCGAGUGGAAAAAGGCUUACAAUUUUCAAUAAAAAAGGAUCCGAUUGCGAUAAUAACAGUCAAUUUACGAUGGGAGAAGAAUCGAGUUUAACAAGACAAAUAGAAACGACGAAUGAGGACGAUGGAUCACAUGAAUUAGAACUUUGCAAAACCGAAAACUCUGAUGAACCAUCGACGAAUGAAUCAUCGGCAAAUCCCACCAAUGACUGUAUUUCGUCGCAGCAGAAGGAAGAUGAGGAUAUUCUGAUAGAUUGCGAGAGCGUAUUGGUAAAACAGGAACAUAAGCCCUCAUUGACGACCAUCUGCCAACCUACUGUAAAGGAAGAAAAUCCAGCAAAUGACUCGAAUGGAAAGAAGCUUACAAUUUUAAUUAAAAAAGAAUUCAAUUACGAUAGUAAUCGUAAAUUUACCAGAGAAGAAGCGACUUCAGCCCGACAAAUGAAAACGACACACAAGGGCAGUAGACCACUUGAAUGUGAAAUUUGUCACAAAUCGUUUAGAUACCCAUCUACUCUUAAAAGGCACGUGAAUCAAGUACAUGAUAAAAACAAACCCUUCCAGUGUAACAUAUGUCACAAAUCAUUUUCAUACAAGAGUGAUCUAAAUAGACAUACAAGCACAGUACACGAUCGUAGCAAACCUUUUGAGUGUGAGAUUUGUCACAAAUCGUUUAGAUACCUAUCUAAUCUUAAAAGGCACGUGAAUCAAGUACAUGAUAAAAACAAACCCUUCCAGUGUAACAUUUGUCACAAAUCAUUUUCAUACAAGGGUGUUCUAAAUAAACAUACAAGGACAGUACACGAUCGUAGCAAACCUUUUGAGUGUGAGAUUUGUCACAAAGCAUUUGGACUAAAAAGUAACCUUGAAAUACAUAUAAGGGCAGUACAUAAUCAGAGCAAACCUUUUGAGUGUGAGAUUUGUCACAAAUCAUUUGGACAAAAACACAGCCUCAAAUUUCACACGAGUGCAGUACAUUUGCGGAGGAAACCCUUUGAGUGUGACAUUUGUCAAAAAUCAUUUUCAGUAAAAAGUAGCCUCACAUUUCACAUAAAUUCAGUACAUAAUCAGAGCAAACCCUUUGAGUGUGAUACUUGUCACAAAUCAUUUAAAUACAAAAUCAGCUUCGAAAUUCAUAUGAGUGCAGUACAUAUGAGUAGGAAACCUUUUGAGUGUGCUAUUUGUCACGAAUCAUUUGGAUACAAGAGUGUACUCAAAUAUCACUUAAAAUCAACUCAUGAACGGAGAAAAUUUGAAUGUAAGACUUGUCACAAGUCAUUGAGUACCAAGAAAAGUCUCGAAAAUCACAUUAAUGCAGUACAUAUGGAAAGCAAAUCUUAGAAAUAUGGAAUUUAUUUUAAAUAUACGCUAUGUAAUUUUAGACAACCAUUGUCAUGAACAAUGAAGUUUUUUAAACUGUUAUUCAUUUCGACGUGCCAGUGCUGAAAGAUGCCACUUCACUGAGCUGACAAGAAAAAUGCCAUGUCGCGCUCCGGGUAGAAAGAUGCCAUUUCCCGCUCGAUUCUGAAGGAUGGUUUUUUCUACGUUCGAAGUUACACCAUAUUCAUGUUUCAUGUUUUAGAAGUAAAAUUGGAUGCUAUUCCAGAAUCUGACGCUGGAAUGAAAAUAAUAGUUAAAGUUGAAGCUUCAAACGCAGAAAUACCGAAUGCCGAAGCGGCAUCUUUCAGCCCUGGCACGUCGAUUUGGUCGUCACUGUAAAAAUUUUUUAUUCUUUCAAACACGAAUUAAAAUAUCAAUACGGUUUCGCGUGAAUUUGUUCUUUGAAAUACCGUUGUUUUCAAAAAACGAACUUUCAACAUCCUAUUUAAUAGCUGAAUUUUUUUUCCAAGUAACUGUUUAUCAGAAAAUCUUAAAUUAUUUUGACCAGCCUCCCAAAAUCAAUUAUAUAUAUCAAUUAUAUUAUACCUCUGUGUAGCGUAUUCUUUGUUAAUUGAAUGACUAAAGAUUUUUUUCAACUAAAAUCGUAUUCGACUCGAACUUAUAUUCGUUGGUAAUUAAAUCUAGUAUAGAAAUAAAAUAAAGGAAGUUUCGAAUUAUAAUACAAGUACCGACAUAAGUUAUGAAAAACGUUUAAUCAAAAAGAAAAAUUAUGUAACAGAAAAAAUGUACAAAUUUUUGAAUCGUUCGAUAAAUUUUGGUCUACAUAUCUGCUGCUCAAACUUAUUGUCAAUUGUUUAUUUUUAUCAUUAAUACGUUGAAAUAAAACCUACUUUGCAUUUGAUCA